UUAGAGGAGAGUUGCCUUGAAAGCAAGUUGCCUAAAAGCAAGCUAGUUGUCCUGUAUGUGGAUCAGCACAUCCGAAAGUCUUGUGAACCUUUGCAAUCACGUGGCUGCAAUUCUUCUUCUCUACGGGGACUCCUGACAUCAUGUCGUUGAGGGCAAUGAUAUCACUCGCUAUCGUAGCUGUUCUCUUGCCAACAUGCACCUUGACCAGCGGGUACCAACCUGAGCCACUUAAAUCUUACCACCUUUUCUGCCCAGCGGGAAAGAAGUUGGAAUGGAGCAUUUUUUGGGGAUAUUGUGAAGAUGUGAAUGAGUGUUCCUUGACUCCGACCAUCUGUGUAAGGGCAACAUAUUACCUGAUUUGUCAAAACAGAGACGGUAGCUAUAGUUGCGAGUUGCCAACUGAGAAAGGUCGCUUUUCAGUUGUGGUACCCCCCAAUGUGGAUCUUAUAAGACAAUCUAAUCAAGGAGUUUACAGAUUCCAGUGCAAAUCUGGAUACUUUCCACACUGCAGAAGUACAAAAUGCGAUCCAAGAAGAGGUGCAGUAGCCCCGUAUAAAUGGGACUCCAAUCUGGGAAAAUUUGUAUUUUACGACGUGCCAACUUGCGAGAAUCUACUUUCAAUUGUGGUACCCCCCAAUGUGGAUCUUAUAAGACAAUCUAAUCUAAGAGGUUUCAGAUUCCAGUGCGAAUCUGGAUACUUUCCACACUGCAGAAGUACAAAUUGCGAUCCAACAAGAGGUGCAGUAGCCCCGUAUAAAUGGGACUCCACACUGGCAAAAUUUGUAUUUUACGACGUGCCAAUUUGCGAGAAUCUACUUUCAAUUGUGGUACCCCCCAAUGUGGAUCUUAUAAGACAAUCUAAUCAAGGAGUUUACAGAUUCCAGUGCAAAUCUGGAUACUUUCCACACUGCAGAAGUACAAAUUGCGAUCCAACAAGAGGUGCAGUAGCCCCGUAUAAAUGGGACUCCACACUGGCAAAAUUUGUAUUUUACGACGUGCCAACUUGCGAGAAUCUACUUUCAAUUGUGGUACCCCCCAAUGUGGAUCUUAUAAGACAAUCUAAUCUAAGAGGUUUCAGAUUCCAGUGCGAAUCUGGAUACUUUCCACACUGCAGAAGUACAAAUUGCGAUCCAACAAGAGGUGCAGUAGCCCCGUAUAAAUGGGACUCCACACUGGCAAAAUUUGUAUUUUACGACGUGCCAAUUUGCGAGAAUCUACGAGAUCUUGAGCUUGUGAGUUCCUACUACUGUAAAGUAACCAACACAGUCCUCCGACGCACGCCUCUGUGGACGUACUUGAAUUUUGCAGAUGCUACGGCAUUGUGCAGUAUUAACCAUGGACGCAUUGUUACUUUUGCUGCUUACGAGGCUGGUUGCGUGUCCGCUGCGCUCGAAGAGAACAUGAUAGCCUGGUUGAACAAGGAUGGUGACCCAGGAAUGGCCUUAGUGGCUGAUAAUUCAAGGAUAACUUCAACACGUUAUAAGACAAAAGUACUUUAUGCCAUGUGUGAGACAGAUAGGUUCUGGUGUGCACAAACCAACUCGGAUCUGUACAUUCGAGAAAGUGUUGGGCCCAAAACGCUGUCCGAAGCGACGAAAAGUUGCAAAAAUGGGUUUUCUACGGACGCUCAUGGAAAGCCGUAUGCCGCAGAUGGCCGCAUUGUUAGCCAAUUGCCCGUCGAAAUGCAAUGCCUUACCAACUACCUCAAGCUAAUACGGAAAGAAUCCAUUGAAGGAUAUGUUUGGAUUAAUGGCGUUGAGGCUAGUGAUCAAACGCAGAUAAAAUACGUCGUUUGUGAACAAAGAAAAAUGUUCACUCUCGAUUAUUUGAAAGAUUUUCCACCGGACAUGUAUUGCAAGAAGACAAGAGUUUUUUACAGCCCGUUCCCCUUGGUCAGGAUGGGCUACGAUGAUGCCGUAAAAGAAUGUAAACGUCGAAAGUACUUUGGACUUAUGGAUAGGAUUGAUGUCUGUGGGAUUCCUGUUCAGUAUAAGCUAAACUUAGAUGACUUUUGGUGGAAACACUCCGUGCCUCGCGGAAUAGAACGAUUUGUCAUCUGUGAACGGGGGGUGACAAUAUGUCAACAAACCUGCUCCGACAUCAGCGUGUUUCCUCUCCAGAAGGUGCUUCCCUCAGGAGCAGACCAAAUGUGCAGACAACGAAUCAACUCGUUUGGCGGUGGGUACACAUUUGCUCACAUCGCAAGUAAGGAGAGCGAGAUCUUUGAAUGCGUCACUGCCCAUCUGAAAUUGGCCAGUAUGCUUAAUGAAGAAGUUAUCGGUGGAGGCAUGCUUUUUGGCGGUGCGCAGCAAGGGUCAAAAGCAUUCGUUGUGUGCGAGUAUCGAAGACAAUGCACCAGCCGCUACAAUUGUAAUACAUAUAACGGAUACGGGUCUCUGUUCUCCUCACAACUACACUAUGUCCCCACGACGUCUGGCAAGAACUUCAAGGAAGCUAAACAUUAUUGUGCGAACUACGGCAUGAGCCUUCCAAACGUCAAUGAGAGAUUCUGUGUGAACAAUUUCCUAUCUGAACAGUUGGGGACUGGAGGGUCUGGUUGGAUUGAUAGGCCUGACCUAAACUCACAUGCCCUUGUAAGCCGACCGUUGCCAGGUGGCCGUCCACAGUGGAUCCCCUCCUCCGCAAAGUUGAUGAUUGUCGUCUGUUCUGUGCGCAGAUGAGAUGAAUGCGCUGCCUUUACAUUGUUGUGGCCCUGUGUAUGUUACAUGGACGCUCGUCAAGUUUCUUCCCGAACUGUUUUGAAGCAGAACGUGGAGUCGUGCAGGGGUCUCAACCUGCAGCAAAGACUCUGUGAUUUGCGCUGCAGCCUCUCUGGCGAAACCGCGGCCGGGCUGCUCCACGCCUAAUCUUUAUGCAUUCUUCGUUUUCUGCAUGUUAUUCUGCUCAAUAAUUAUUAUAAUCUUUUUCUAGACCCACAUCAUUUGUAUGGUAUGCUGCUGCUGUUGCUGCUGCUGUUGCUGCUGCUCCUGCUUGGAGGAUUGCAGCAGCUAUCACACUGUGGCUUCAGACUUUCCAGAGAAGCAUUCGCCUGCCACCAGUUCGACCGGCUGGACAUGCAGGUGGCCUACUCAGAUGUAUACAAUUUGAGCCGUCAGAUGCAAAAAGGUACCUUAUGACGUUUUGCACGCAGUUGAGCCGGAAAAUCACGUUCGAAAAAGUAUUUUCUGUGAAUAGGUCAUCGAUAGUCCGGAUAGUUUCCAGGGUAACUCUAUGAUGAAUUGAGAUUUUUGGACCUGGUUUUUUGCAUGACACUCUCCUGACCAGGUAGUAUCUGAAACAAUCGUCAACUCAAUUUGGCCAAAAAUGUCAUAAGGUACCUUUUUGCAUCUGACAGCUCAUUUAAAAUAAAUGAAUAAUGUAAUGAAUGUCAUAGUGUAACUGUAAGUAAACCGUUCUUCUACAACUGGUGCCGUCUUCUGACGAGAUACAGUCACCUUUAGGUGUAGGAGUUCCAAUG